AUAGUAUUUGGGACGUGGUUUAAGGGACAGCAAGGACUCAACAAGACCUGACGCGGGAGAUCCUAUUUGACAUUUCUAGCGCAAAGGUCGGAGAUAAUCGAUUGGGACCAUUUCAUGGCACAUGCCUCAUAUCUGAUCUCUAGGUUGUAAAGACAGCCGCUUUGACGCUCUGCGGCUGGAAGACCGCAAAUGGCGCGCGAAGUGCUCUCGCCGGCUGCAGCUGCAUUGUCGCAGCUGGCGUCCUGCAACCUUAAGGAGCUGCACCUGAAGCGCGCGGACGGCAGCCGCAUCCUGGACUCGCUGCACGCCUCCUGCCGUGCCGCGAAGGUCAUCCCCGCCUCCGCCCCCGACGCCACGCCCAAGGAGCGCUACCUCGCGGUGUUUGACGCCGCGCUUGCGGGCGGGCUGGGCUGCUGGAUCCUGGACUAUGUGGAGGUGGUGUGUGCCGACCGCCACCUCACAUCCAACGACCCGCUGGAGGCUUACCUGCUGGACGGCGGCUUCGUCAAGGCCUGGGCGGCAGCGUGCCUGGCUCGCGCCGAGCAGGCCGCCACGUCAGCGUUGACCGCCGACAUGGCCUUCCACAGCUUCCAGUCCAGCGGGCAGCUGCAGGGCCAGUUGGCGCAGACGCGGGUGCUGGUGGCGGUGCUGCGGGCGCUGGACCGCAUCCGCGCGGCGGCGGCGGGCGGCGCCAUGGCGGGGGUGGCGGGCGGCGCAGCGGGCGACAGACUGUCUGUGAAGGAGGAGCUGCGCCAGGCGGUGCUGCUGGAGCAGGCGUUCCAGGUGAUGGACUGGUGCGCGCGCCAAGGCCUGGCGGAGCCGCGCGCCGCCGCCACCGGCCGCUUCGGCUCCUACCCCGAGUGGUCGCGCGCCGUCAAUGCACGCCGUGCACGCGCCGCGCCCCGGCCGCUAUUCCUGGACUCGCUGCUGCAGUCUCUGUCGCUGUCGGGCGCCUACCCCGCCUCCAGCGUGCAGCACAUGUUGCACACGCUGCUGCUGGUGGUGCGCGACCCCGAGCCCGCCGCCUGGGCCGCCAAGCUGGCGCUGCUGUCCUACUUCCUCAUGGACGCAGGAGCGCUGGAGGCAGCGGCGCCAGGCGGCGCGGGCGCAGCAGCGGGGCUGGGGCCGGGGUCGGCGGCGGGCGGCGGCGGCGAGGCACGGGUGGAGGCGGCGCUGGAGGAGCUGCGGCGCACGUUCCGGCUGAGCGCGGCGGACGUGGGCGUGUGGCAGUGCAACUACCUGCUCGACUGCGCCGUGCCGGACGGACCGGACGGGUCGGAAGACCCCUAUCUGGCCCGCGCCUGCUCGCUGCUGCCGUCCUGCGUCACGCCCACGCUGCCUUUCGCCUUUAUUGAGGCGUUGCUGGCCCUGGGCCGGCCUGGCGUUGCGCUUGCGGUGGACCGCGGCCAGUCCGGCUCCGAGGCGUCCGGCAGCGGCCCCGCCGCCGCGGCAGCAGCCGGCGGCGCCGCUGGCACCUCGGGACGGCCGUGUCGCACCUUGGCGCAAGCCACCACCCUGCUAGACACGCGACUGCGGUGCGGUCUCAUGACGGAAGCCUUCAUGCUGCUGCGCCAGCACGUCAGCGACCUGGCGGCACGGCUGCAUGCAGCCGGCGGCGGCGGCGGGGCCGGCGGCCGCGCGGAGCUGGAGGAGCACACACGGGUGCUGCUGGGCCGGCUGGCGGAGUGGGCGGCGGUUCAGGACGAGGCGGGCGCAGCGGCGGCCAUCGCGGCGGCGGGCGGCUCCACCGCCACACUGGCCGCGGCCGCCAGCACGGGCUGGCUGAACCGGCUGACGGAGCUGCCCCUCAACGCCACCGAGGAGAGUGUGCUGGUAUCUUGGCUGGUGGCGGAGGCCGAGGCGGGCCGCCCAGCUGGCGACUUCCUGCCGCUGUUCUUCCUGCAGCGCGGCCGCGUCAAUGAGGCCACCGCCGCCUGGCGGAGGUGGGACGCGCGGCAGGCGGCGCUGGCGGCGGCGGGCCGGCGGCGCUCCCCGGUCAGCGACCUAGUGGCGGCGGCGCUGGACGCGGCGCACUGCGGCGGGCUGCCGGGGCCGCUGCGGAACGUGAUGGUGCCCGCGCCGGCACCCGGGGCCGAGCAGCCGGCGGCAGCGGGAGCCAGCGGCGUACCGGACCUGGCGCCUGGACAGGGCGCUGUGGGCAUUCUGGCGGGCCUGUUGGACCACAUGUCGCCCGAGCAGCCCCUGGCCGUGCUGCCCUUCCACGGAGCCGAGCCGCCGCCGCUGGUGUCGCGCGCGGUGCAGCUACCGGCGCCCCACAUCACCGCGGCGCAGCAGGCCGCCGCCGCAGCCGCCCCGCCCGGGUCCUCCUCGCAGCCCCAGGGGCACCAGCAACAGCAGCCGUUUGUGGGCAUGCCGCUGCAGCUGCCCGCAGCGGCGCCGUUCCGCGCGCCGCCGCCGACGCCCGGGCCUGACGCGUUCGGAGCGGGCGGGUACCAGCAAGGCCGCUUCUUCCGGCCCGCGCCGGGCGGCAGCGGCACGCUUGGCGUGUCUGGUGGCGGCGCGGGCAUUGGCAGCGGCACAGGUGCGGGUGGCGCUGGGGGCCUCUUGUUCAGCGUUGGGGCAGGCGCGGUUGCGGCGGGGCCGGCACCCGGUGGCGGCGUUGUGGGCCCGGCGGCGCUUGCGGCGGCGCGCAGCACCAAGCGCUACAAGCCUAAUGACUGGUUCUAGUAGAAUAUGGCACACAACGGCUGUUAGUGCCGCCCGUGAUGUCUCCGUGGGCGUGGUGGUUGCAUGGUGGCCUUAACUCUUGCCAGGCUUUUUCGGCUAUGUCGGUGGAUGACGGACGCAGGGAAAUCUCGUGUGGUAGCAUGACGAAGCGAUGACGUUGAACUCGCGCGCGUGAGGAUACUGCGGCAGCUGUAGGCCUGCCGCCACACGCAUGUGUUUGUCACGGGCUGCGUGCCUGCGGGGCGGGCGUCCUCGUCUAUGUGUAGCGUGCAGGUGGAGGGCCUUUCUCGGGGAACUGACGGUGUGGUGCAGGACGACUGGGAGCUAGGCAGGGUUGGAAACCGGUGGAGCACACUGGACAGACGGCGGACCGCAUGAGGAGUGGUGUGAUGGUGGGGUGCAGUUUCAUCUUGGGUUCUUACAGGUGCAUUGCAGAGGCAAUGAUCACCGCCGCCUAAAUAGAUAGCCUGGGCCAGUCACGAUCACAGCCUACCGCAAACCUCCCAGCUCCGCAGCGCGAUGGCUCGCCCUUUGUGGGGACUCACAGUCAAGUGUGGAAUAGCGGGGAGGCAGUGUGUUGCUGGGACGGGCUGUGAGCGCAUUGUGUCGUGAGCGAGGUUGGGAGAGGAGACUGGAGCAAGGGAGGGUUGGAUCGUGUUGGAGCGCCAGGGCAAGCAACUUUGUAAGUGCGGCCUCAAAGCGUUGAGCCCAGCAGGUGCUAUCCCUCGAGGAUAUUUGGCAUUGGCUUUGCCUAGACCUCAGCUUGGUCUCUCGUCGGCUUUGGCCUCAUGGCCAGGGGCGGUGCACUUUAGUGCCCGUUUUCAUGUGUUCAUUGUUUUCAAGAGUUUCUGCAUUCGAUAAAUAGCCCGUCGAAGGCUGUACUGGUAGCCGAAAAAAGCAAAAAAGACAACAACCCUAAUGUAAGGUUCUUGCCGAGGACUAAGGCUGUCGCCCCCCUUUGGGGGGCGAGCCAACUUCGAAGUACUACCGGAUCUCCAACAUCAGGGAGCUGUGCCCACAGGAAUUACAAGUCCUGGCGGCCUGCCUCCAUCUGGUCUCUUCUUCGCAUGCACGUCAGCCACAAGUGACAGUGCAUCUUUGACGGCUAGCGUCAAGGUUGUUGGCAGAUAGAGCGGCUCUUUCGGCGGCUCAGGCGGCUCCCCUGCACCCAUUCGGCACACCUCUAGCGGGACUCCAGGCGGGCCUGACGAAGCCCCUUUGGCACGGACGUUAAAGUGGCGCAGGUGCUGCCGUGCUGGUAAAGGAGACUGAAA